AUGGGUCUCAUUGAAGAUAUUCGCAAAGAAUUUAUAGAUCCUGUUUCUGGAGAGCAUAUUCUCGUAUUUAUUACUCCCGAAGUUGACAGUGUCUGUUCGAGUCGAAUUCUGCGACACAUUUGUCGGCAUUCCAUGCUUUUAUAUUCAAUAAUCAUCGUGUCAAACAAAGAGGAGUUAAGACAACGGUUUUCUGAAAAUAAGGAAAAUUUCACCUACGUUCUUCUUAUCAAUUGUGGAGCUAAUUUCGAUAUUUUGGAGGAUUUGGAUGCCCCAGAAUCGACCAUCUUUUUUGUCUGUGAUAGCCAUAGGCCCAUUCACGUAAAGAAUUACUACAAUCAACGACAAGUUAAGCUGAUUACCCUGAAUGAAAAAACUGAAGAUAUUCCAAAGUUUGAAGAUAUCUUUCGAGAGGAAUCAAUGUGAAACUGGACCACAGAAUCACUGGAAAAGUGGAUGAGUGAUAUUCAGACCCAGUUGCGUUUACUGAUUCAACAGGUUCGAGCUCUUCACGACGCUGAAGAGGUAGUCGGAUUCGGACCCUUCCUCUAUGUCUAUAUAGCCAGGAGUUCUCUACAGUCUCUUGCCUUCAGAAAUCCCCAAUUCGCUCUUCUAACCGCCAGAUAUCUUCUCACAAUGAAAGCGGCGUUUUGUCCUAAGAUGGGACGAAAACGAGUUGUGAAGAAAAUGCCCUUGGUUCUCUGUUUGGACAGUAUCACGGAAGAAAACCACAUUUUCCUUGUGGGAAUACCUCCAUUGCAGGGUGAAGAUGACAGAAAUUUGUUUGGUCAGGCUUUCGCGGCAGCGGUGAGAAGCAGUGGUGCUCGAGCAAAACUCAAGCACUUUGAUACGAAUUUUCACAAUGAGCCAUAG